CCGAAGAGCCCGGUGUCCACCGAAGCGAAGCCUCACGGCGCGCCGUGCGCCAUGUCGAAGAAUGGCUCGCUGCUGGAGACGGUGGAGACGCUGCUUAGCGUGUCCAGCUUUGUAUUCUGCUCGGUCUCGAUGAUUGUCACCAACAAGCUGGCCAUCACCGUCUUCCCCUAUGAAAGCACGCCCUCCGUGGACCCCUGGUUUUGUGGGAUUGGUGGACUGGCCAACUCGAUCCGGGUUUCUGCCAGAAAACACCACCCGGAUGAGGUUGACCGCUUUGCAGAUGGCCUUCACUGUCUUGGUCCUCGUGGCUGCUUGGCCCACCUUGCACGUGGGCUCCCUGCGCGAUGCGCUACGCUGGUCCCUGGUGGCACCGUGCUUCGCAGGAAUGUUGUUGACCUCCAUGCUGGCCUUGAAACACUGCACCAUGACCUUGGUCAUCGUGGUCCGCGCCAUGUCGCCGAUGUUCGCGUUGAUGGCCGAGAUGAACCGCUCGUCGGUGCUUCACGUGAACCGGCAGAUGAUCCUCUCAAUCUUCAUCAUGGUCCUAGGUGCCUUGCUCUACACGAAAGAUCUGGAGUUCCGGCACCUGGUGGGUGUCGGAUGGAUCGCCGUGAACACCUGCUUCUCCGUGCUCACGCGGCUCCUGCAGCGGAAGAUGCUGGCCGCGGACCAGAAUCCUGUGGACAUCUCGAAGAGUGGAUGCUCCUUGAUCAACAACGCCUUAGGGCUGCUGCCACUGCUGGUCACGGCCUAUUUCACAGGAGAGGUCCACUCGGCCCCAGCCGCGCUGAUGUCCCUGACACAGAGGGAGACGAAUUUGAUGGUCAUCAGCUGUGUGGUCGCAGUGGGGAUUAGCUACACGAACAUUUGGUGUCAAAGCCUCAUUAGCGCCACCAGCAUGCUGAUCCUGGUGAAUGCCAACAGGUUCUUGGUGAUUCUCCUGGAUGCCCUGCUGCUGCGCACUGACCAGCUCUCGCCCAGCCAGCUGGCUGGAGCCGUGAUCACCAUCUUGGGAGGAAUGGCUUUGGCCGCUCCAAAUACACGAGAAAAGGAGGAGAACAAGAUGCCUGAGACGGCCUAUUCACCCACGGGACGGACGAUGCAAGACGCCUAGGACGACGGAGAGGCGAGCCAACGCCCAGAGACGAGGCGAUCGAGAAGCAAAGGCGAUCGAUGGCAUGAAAUGGGAGAGUACCGGGAGUCUUCUGGUAAUUGCUGGAGGUCAAUGGUAUCUACAAUUCAGGGCAUGGGUCCUUGCAAAUCCCAGAUUUUUCCAACAAAAAUACCUGUAGGAAUACAUUGGGUGUGUCACGGCAUCCUUCAAGUCGACC